UGGCACGGAUGCUUUCCCCACGGAUGAGCUGGAGGCUGCAACAUCUGGCUGGAGGUUAAAGCAGCAACAUUUUCCUGUGCAUCUCAAGACUUUUGCUAAAGCCAGAAAUAAAUGCCCUCUUCUCCUGCCGCCUUCUGUUCUUGGCUCUCACUCUUUCUUUCUUUAGGUCUUUGCAUGUGCCUUUCUCCUUCUGGCCCCAUAUCGGUGCCCCCUUUAUGGCUUUCUGCCUGAGACCCUCUGAGAACGAGGAGGGGAAAGGAUGAAGAGAUGCGAUGCCGAUCUGGCUCACAUUGAGCCUCUUUCUUUGCGGUGAAGGAGCCCAAGAAGCAGACCAGUCUUCUGAGAACACAAAAGGGAUCGUGAGGCAUCGCACGCUUGCUACAGACCAAUAAACAAAACUAUGAUAGCAACUGGUGGAGUUAUAACAGGACUGGCUGCCUUAAAAAGGCAAGACUCUGCCAGAUCUCAGCAUCACCUAAACCUGACAGCCUCACCUGCUGCUGAAGAACCAAAGCCAGUCAAGCGCCGACCCCGGGCAGAUGUAGUCGUUGUUCGUGGCAAAAUCCGACUUUAUUCCCCAUCAGGAUUUUUCCUUGUUCUAGGUGUGCUCAUUGCCUUCCUGGGGAUUGCUAUGGCAAUCCUUGGAUACUGGCCUCAAAAGGAUCCUUUUCUAGAGCCCGGAAACAGCUUGUCACUAAAUGAGACUCAAGUAAUAGAAAGAGGAAUUAUCAUUCGUUUCUUUGAACAGCAUUUACACUCCGAUAAGAUGAAAAUGCUGGGGCCUUUCACUAUGGGGAUUGGAAUCUUUAUUUUCAUUUGUGCAAAUGCUAUGCUCCACGAGAACCGCGACAAGGAGACAAAAAUCAUACACAUGAGAGACAUCUAUUCCACUGUCAUUGACAUACAUACUCUGAGGAUCACUGAACAAAAGCAGCUCAAUGUAGCUUACACAGGCUUUGUGGGAGAGCCUGAAAUCAAGCACAGUGGAAACUCCUGUGCUUCACGGCUGGCUGCCAAUACAAUUGCACCUUUCUCAAAUUUUGCAAGCAACUUUCGAGUGGACAGCAAUCCUGAGGAAGAUGAAAUAUCCGUGAGUGACAGAAAAAAUGCCACUCAUCUUUUACCCCCUUUGCUGACUGAGCGUUCUGGGUCAGUCUUUGGCCUGUAUGCUCACCCUGGGAAAGUAAAGGAGGAUAGGAACAGUGGCUCUCUGAAAUGUGAAACAAAGUCUAUUGUGUCAUCCUCCAUUAAUGCUUUUACAUUACCUGUAAUUAAACUAAAUAACUGUGUUAUUGAUGAACCCAGUAUAGACAACAUCUCUGAGGAUUCUGCAAGCACCAGAGGCCAGCCUAGAAAUUUAUCCAUGGACUCUCUAGCUGUCCCAUUAACUGAUACCAAUGACCAUUACAAACCUGCCUGUGGGCUGCUACCAAGGAACAAUUUAUAUGGAGACUCUUUGCCCACUCAGUCCAAAUCAUCCAUGACUCUUGGGCCUAGUACUGGAAAGCUUUUAUCACCUGGUGCAGCCAGAAAGCAGUUUGGAUCAAACACAUCUUUGCAUCUUUUAUCUGCACAUUCAAAAUCCCUAGACUUAGAUAGGGGACCCUCAACCCUCACUGUCCAAGUGGAACAAAGAAAACAUCCCAGUUGGCCAAGACUGGAUCGGAACAACAGUAAAGGUUAUAUGAAACUAGAAAACAAAGAGGAUCCAAUGGACCGGCUGCUUGUACCACCAGCCUCAGGCAAGAAGGACUUCACCAAUAAAGAGAAGCUUCUUAUGAUUUCCAGAUCUCAUAAUAAUUUAAGUUUUGAACAUGAUGAGUUUUUGAGUAACAAUCUAAAGCGUGGAACCUCUGAGACAAGGUUUUGACAGUCAGUUAAUCAAGUGUUUGCCAGUAUUUUUUUUAAAGGAAACAAUAUUGACAGGUGACUUUUUUGGUCUUUUUUCUCUGUUCCAGUGAAACUGGUGCAAAUCUGUUUUUACCAGAUGUUUCUAUCAGAUUAAAAUUGCCUUGUGUUAGCAAAGGUUGUUUCCACCUCUGCAAUGCCAAGUGUUUAAUGUCAAGCAGCUUGUUCAUCCAAACACCUAACAGUAGCAUAAUGCCGACUAGAUGGUUUUUGUGCUGAGAGGAUGGCUUGAGAAUUGAUGUCUUCUUGAUUGACAAUUGCAAUACUGUACAUUAUUGCCACUAAACAUGUAUGGGUGCCUCAGAUCCUGUUUCCAACUAGUCUCAUUGUUCUUUUGUUUCUGCUUCAGCAUGCUGUCCUCCAUUACUACAAGAUUACAAUAAGAGCUGCCUGGAUAAGCUUCUGUGUUCAGAUCUAUCAAUGAUAGCAACUUUUUGGCAAUAGUACUUUUAGUUGGAGAUAGAGAGGGAUUUAAGGUUUCCAGUGGGAAAGCAAAAUUUAAUCCUUCUAUUCUAUAUUAAAAACAACUUUUGAAGCUGUUUAGAAGUUUGCCAUGAAAUAUGAGGUUGUGCUGUCUGAGAAACAGGUGUCCAAAUCUCCUUUAGGAGUGAGGAAUUAGUUGUCUGGCUCUCCAGAUCCAGGCAAUAAUGUAGAUAAGAUCUUGGAAAUCUUUCUCUUGUGCAAUUGAAACAAAUAUAGAAUUAAGUGGUAUCUAUAUGUAGUAGCAACUUGUAUUUAUUCCAGUAGUACUCCAGUACUUGCACACAACAGGAUCACAAUAGGUCAUGCCUAUUGGAUAGUAUUUGAUUUUUAAAAACAAAUAUUUAUUAAAUUUUAAUGAAAAAAGAGUAAACUAAAAACCUGUUUUGCUGUCAUUGAUAAUGUUAAAUACGGAUGUCAUGUUGAGUAGUUCUGUUUUGAUAAUGAUGCAAGGGCAAGAGAAUGAAAUUAAUGGGGAAUCUGGGGAGAUGAGCUGUGGAACUGAGGAGAGACACGUGACUAAGGCCCAGUUCUAGCCAACAAGAACACUUUCUAAUAAAAUGGGCUUUUUAACUGUCAUGGUGUAGUGCUUAGAAUGUUGGACUCGGGGGACCCAGGUUCAGAUCCGCACUCUGCCAUGGAAGCUCGCUGGAUGACCUUAGGCCAUUCACACUGUCUCAGCCUAACCUACCUCACAGAGUUGUUGUGAGAUAUAAU